GGGUGUGGGGGGGCAGCCCCGGAGCUGUCGGCAGCGGGUCCCGAACCCGCGGAGCUGUGGGGUUGGGGGGGGGGGGCGCCAUGGGGUCGGUGUGGAAGCGGCUGCAGCGUGCGGGGAAGCGCGCGGCCAAAGUGCGGUUUGUGGCGACCUUCGAGGAGCUGCUGGUGGAGGGGGGCAGGAGCUGGCAGCCCCACAAGCUCACGGUGGUCUGGACCCGGCGCAACCGGAGGGUCUGCUCCAAGCCCCACAGCUGGCAGCCGGGCAUCGAGAACCCGUACCGGGGCAUGGUCGUCUGGGUGGUCCCUGAGAGCAUCGAGGUGGUCGUCACCCUCUACCGGGACCCCCAUGCCACCACCUACGAUGACAAGGAGUGGAGCUUCCUCAUCGAGAACGAGUCCCGGGGCCGCCGCUCCGUGGUUGCGGGGGCUCCGCUGGACCUGGGCCGCCUGGGGGGGGCGGCGGCGGCGGCGGGGGGGGGGCCGCUGGCUCUGUCCCUGUCCCUGCGGCCCCGCUCCCGUAGGGUGGCGGCCGCGAACCUGCGCCUGCGGCUCAGCGCCAGCGUCCUGCACGAGGGGCACCCAACGGACGAGGACAUGCAGAGCGUCGCGAGCCUGCUGAGCCGCCCGGGGGACGUGGCCGACCUGGGUGACUUUGAGAGCGACCCCGAGGAGGAGGAGGAGCCUCGAGGGGGGCCCCCCCCUGCCCCAGCCCCCCGAGAGUCCCCCCGAGAGCUGCAGGCGUUGCCUGAAGAGGAGGAGGUGGAGGAAGAGCCCAAGCCCCCCCCCUCACGCACAGGGCCCCCCAUAAAGGAAGGUGAUUGUGGGGAUCCCCCCACACUGGGGGUACAAAGGGCCCCCCCCGGCCCUGGGGGUGAACAACCCCCACCCCAAAAGAUGGACGUGCCCCCCCCCGGGGGCAGCGGGGCGCUGCUGCGCUGGUGCCAGGCGGCCACGGCCGGGUACCGCGGGGUCCGCGUCACCAACUUCAGCACCUCCUGGCGCAGCGGCCUCGCCUUCUGCGCGCUCCUGCACCGGCACCGGCCCGAGCUGCUUGACUACGAGGCCCUGGACCCCCUCGACAUCCGGGGCAACAACAAACUGGCCUUCGAUGCCUUCUCUGCUUUGGGGGUGCCGCGGCUCCUGGACCCCGCGGACCUGGUGCUGCCGCCGGCCCCCGAUCGCCUGGGGGUGAUGACUUACCUGAGCCAAGUGCGGGCCCGGCUGCAGGAGCCCCCCCCCGGCACCGCGCACCCCCACAUCGGCUCCGUUCAGGGGGGACCCCCAUGGACACCCCCGGACACACAGCUCGGUGCCAUUAAGGGGGAGCCCCCAUGGACACCCCCAAACCCACAGCCUGGUGCCAUUGAGGGGGAGCCCCCAUUGACACCCCCGGACACACAGCUCAGUGUCAUUAAGGGGGAGCCCCCAUUGACACCCCCGGUCCCACAGCCUGGUGCCAUUGAGGGGGAGCCCCCAUUGACACCCACACAGCUCGGUGCCAUUAAGGGGGAGCCCCCAUUGACACCCCCGGACACACAGCUCGGUGCCAUUAAGGGGGAGCCCCCAUUGACACCCCCGGUCCCACAGCCUGGUGCCAUUGAGGGGGAGCCCCCGUUGACACCCCCGGUCCCACAGCCUGGUGCCAUUAAGGGGGAGCCCCCAUUGACACCCCCAAACCCACAGCCUGGUGCCAUUAAGGGGGAGCCCCCAUUGACACCCCCGGUCCCACAGCUCGGUGCCAUUAAGGGGGAGCCCCCAUUGACACCCCCGGACACACAGCUCAGUGUCAUUAAGGGGGAGCCCCCAUUGACACCCCCGGUCCCACAGCCUGGUGCCAUUGAGGGGGAGCCCCCAUGGACACCCCCAAACCCACAGCCUGGUGCCAUUGAGGGGGAGCCCCCAUUGACAGCCCCAAACCCACAGCCUGGCUCCCUUAAGGGAGAAACCCCAUUGCCACCCCCAGUCCCACAGCCUGGUGCCAUUAAGGGGGAACCCCAAUUGGCACCCCCAAACCCACAGCCUGGCAAUGGCCAUGGGGAGUCCCCAUUGACACCCCCAAACCCACAGCCUGGUGCCAUUGAGGGGGAGCCCCCAUUGACAGCCCCAAACCCACAGCCUGGCUUCCUUAAGGGAGAAACCCCAUUGCCACCCCCGGUCCCACAGCCUGAUGCCAUUAAGGGGGAACCCCAAAUGACAUCCGCAGACCCACAGCCUGGCACUGGCCAGGGGGAAACCCCAUUGAUAACCCCAGUCCCACAGCCUGGUGCCAUUAAGGAGGAACCCCAAUUGACAUCCCCAGACCCAGAGCCUGGCAAUGGCCGAGGGGGACCCCCAUCAACACCCCCAAACCCACAGCCUGGCAAUGGCCAUGGUGAGUCCCCAUUGGCACCCCCAAACCCACAGCCUGGCAAUGGCCAUGGGGAGUCCCCAUUGACACCCCCAAACCCACAGCCUGGUGCCAUUAAGGGGGAACCCCCAUUGGCACCCCUGGACCCACAGCCUGGCACUGGCCAGGGGGAACCCCCAUUGACACCCCCAGUCCCACAGCCUGGUGCCAUUAAGGGAGAGCCCCCACUGACACCCCCAAACCCACAGCCUGGCACUGGCCAGGGGGGGCCCUCAUGGACACCCCCGGACCCACAGCUUGGUGCCAUUAAGGGGGAGCCCCUAUUGGCACCCCCAGACCCACAGCCUGGCUCCCUUAAGGGGGAAUCCCCAUUGACACCCCCAGACCCACAGCCUGGCACUGACCAGGGGGAGCCCUCUCCUGUACCCCCAGACCCACAGCUCAGCACCACUAUGGGGGGGCAUCCCUCAGAACCCGGGCUUGGUUCUGUUAAGGGGGGAGCCCCAUUGACACCCUCAGACCCACAGCUCAGCACCACUGACGGGGCCCCCCCAUCAGGCCCCCAGCUUGGCUCCAUUGAGGGGGGGCCUCCAUUGGACUCCCAGCUUAGCACUGGACGGGGGGGUUCCCUCUCAGUCCCCCAGCUUGGUCCUGUUGAGGGGGGUGCCCCAGGGCCCUCCCCCGACCCCCAACUCAGCAUCACCAAAGGGGGGUCCCCCUCAGAUGGUUCCAUUGAGGGGGGCCGCACCCGGACCCCCCCAGACCCCCUGCUUGGCCCCGGCCAUGGGGGACCCCCUCCGGACCCUGCAGUGUCAAAGGGCGCUGGUUCCAGGCCCCCCCCGGGGGUGCUGGUGCCCCCCCCGAGGCUGCACCGCGCCGGGGGGGGAGGGAGUCGCCCCCCCCAAGGAGCCCCCCCCGGCCCCGCACCCCCCCCCCGCACCAAAAGCUUCUCCCAUCUGCGCGACGCCGACCUGGUGCGGAGGCUGCGCCUGGAGCGGCGCGGGGACCCCCCCCGGAACCCCCCCAGGGGUGAUGGGGACACCGGAACCCCCCCCGCGGCCCCCUCAGCCCGGAACCAACCUGAGACCCCAGCAGAGGAGGAGACACCGCGGCUGCGCGACACGAGCCAGUUCGUGGUGGCCGAACUGGAGGCGCUGGAGCGGGAGCAGGAGCGGGUGGACGCGGUCGCCGUUAGCCUGGAGCGGGAGCUGCGCGGCCUCAUGCAGUCGGGCGCGGACCCUUCCCGUGAGGAGCAGCUCAUCCAGGAGUGGUUCUCGCUGGUGAACCACAAGAACGCGCUGCUGCGGCGCCAGGACCAGCUCCAGCUGCUGGCGGAGGAGCAGGACCUGGAGCGUCAGUUCGAGCUGCUGAGCAGGGAGCUGCGGGCGAUGCUGGCCACGGAGGAGUGGCUGAAGUCUCCAGCGCAGCGGCAGCGGGAGCAGCUGCUGCUGGAGGAGCUGGUGGCCCUGGUGAACCGGCGCGAUCAACUCGUGCGGGACCUGGACUGGAGCGAGCGGACGGCACAGGAGGAGGAUGCUCGCCUGGAGCGAGGCUUGGACCAGCGGCGCCGCAGCUUUGCCCGCAGGGACGCGUGCAGCAUCGCAUGAGGGGGGACAC